UUAUGGUUGGUAACAUGUAUCUAAUAUUUUUUGAGGUUAUGUUGUGAUAUGUUUACUUUCUAAGGAAAAGAAAAUAAUAAAUCUCAAAUGGCCAGUUUCAAAGAAAAUACUUGCAGGCUCUGCCUUGCGACUAUCCUAGACAAAAAUUUCAGAGCAGUGGACGACUAUACGACUGACAUUCUAGACAUUCCUCUGCUGAAGUUGAAAUUUGAGGAUGGGAGGAAACACGUAGUAUGUUGUCCUUGUUAUGAAAGAUUAAACGCUGCCUUGGAAUUUAAAUCGGCUUGUUUGGGUACUUAUAACACCAUCCUUCCAUAUGGGGAUUACGACAAAGUGUCUCUGCUCGACUUGAGGGAAAUUUAUAUGAAGCAGAACGGGACGGCUAUUUCACGCGAUCAGAAAGUUUGUCGACUAUGUAUGCGGCUAGUAAGGAACGAGUUUAGAUGCGUACUCAAUGCGGAGCUUGAUGCUAUUAAAAAAUUCAUACCCGAAAUGAAGACCAUCAUUAUCAAAGAUCCGGUUGUUUGCACGCCUUGCUUUGAUUCUCUGUGCACUCACAAUGCUUUUUUAAAAGAUUGCUCUGAAGUGGGUGAAAAAGUUGGACUUAGUUGUGAUGAUCAAGCUAAGGAGAGUCACACGGAAGCUUGGCCUCCCGAUUUAUUCAUUAAAACCGAAAACUUGGAAGAAUUCGAUACGAAUGAGAUGGGAACAUUACACGGAUCUCUAAGAGAUCCCUUAGAGGUAGACCAAACAGAUAAUUUCAAUGGUUCGACCCCAGAGAAUCAAACGGGUGUGUCAUCAUCAGUUAUAUUCAUUAAGACUGAAAACUCGUACAAAGAAUCUGAGAUUAACCGGAUGGAAAUGCCAAUCGAGGUAAAACUGGAAGAAUAUGCAGGAGGGAGUGGCAUGCUUCAACCGAGCUUGAACUACGAAACAACCCACAGCGAUAGUCAAGAUCGAGAAAAAAGAGGGUUGUACCACCCGACAAAGUACACAGGAGAUAUCCUGAACGAGCUGACCUAUAAAAAUCUUACUCGCCGCAAAGCGAAGCACAAAAGUCCGUCAAAGAAAGGAAUGUACAAGUGUCAGAAAUGCGAUUUCGUGUCAAAGUACAUGCGCAGCCUCAACCAGCACCAGUCGAAACACAGGGACAAGGAGGUUCAAAUCUACAAGUGCAAGGACUGCGAUUUUGAGACUAGAUACAAGCCUAACAUCGCGUCUCACAUGUUGAGACACAGGAACGUCUCGGACUUGCCGAGGCUGAAGUGCGAUAAGUGCGACUACACAACAAUAAAAAAGAGGAACCUCAGUCGUCACCAGUUGAGGCACAAAAGUUGGGAGGAAGCACAAAUGCACUCGUGCGACGUUUGCGAUUACGGGACCAAGUACAAGGGGAACCUUUCCUAUCACCAGUCGUGCCACCACAGGAUCGCGAAUGCGACUAGUCGCAAGGAUCCUUCGGAAGAGAAACUGUACAAAUGUAACGACUGCGAUUUCGGCACAAAUUACAGGAAGAGCAUCAGGAAUCACAUGGUGAAACACAGGAAUAUUUCGCAAAUGCCGAAAUAUAAGUGCGAUAAGUGCAAGUACGUGACGGUGAAUAAGAUCAAUUUCCAGGUGCACCAUUCGAAUCACAAGGGGACUUCGGAGACGCAGGUGCAAGAUGGCCGGGACGCCAGCUUGAUAAGCGGGUUUAUGAGGCAGAAAAUAAGGGCCAUUUUAAACGUUUGAGAUUAUAGCGGUGCGUGCAGUGUCAAAAUUAGGGCGAUUUUUUUUAAGGAAUUUCUUUUUACAGGAUACGAGAAGAAAGUUAAUAGGAUUUUUUACAUUGUGAAGGGCAGUUAAGUGUUCUGUGUGCUCAGUAUUGUACCUU